CUGAGUACAUUUAUUAAAACCAAUUCCCGCCGUUUCAUUUCGGAAUUGACAUCUUCCCACGGCUGCAGUUCAUUUCCUGUCCGUGAGUCUGCUGCAAAACAGGUCAUGAAUUCUGAUAUACCAGCCAUCAGUGUAGAAGACUACGAGGCACAGAAUCACUAUCAUAACGUAGACCUCUUCAAAAGUAUAAAUGCCCUGUUAAAUAACACACUUGAUUUGUCCUCUAUUCCGGGGAUGAAUAUUCAACAGGAACAACAAAAACCCACUAUGCCACAGAUGCCACUACAAAUGCCACAAACAAGUCAUGAACAAGUUCCUGUUUCGUCAUAUGAUCAGAGUAUCUACAACAACAUGUCAGCAAUAUAUCCUGGUUUACAUUUAUUUUCUGUACCUGCCUCUCAACAACAACAACAACAACAGCAACAGACAGUCCCUCAAUCCUCAUUAUAUAGCUAUAAACCUGCAGACAUGUAUCAGACACCACAGAAAUACUCCAGGGCAAUCAAAGGUCCAGAUAGAAGCCCCAGUACACCCAGUGAUUAUGGUACGUCCUCCCCCAACAGUACAAUGAAUGAUACCUUAUCUCCUGUAGAGAAGAUACUGUAUUCUAAUUUGAUAUCAGGAAGUCGUAGAAGUACGUCACCAGCUGACUCAGACACAAGUGGAAUUAGCAGUGAAGGUUCAGAAGCAGCACUCAUUGAUAUGAUGCACUCAUUAAAUAUGGGAAACAGAACUAAACAACAACAGCAACAGCAGCAGCAACAACAAAUCCAACCCCAACAAACGCACGCAGAUGUGGCGGCACAAUUAUUUCAGGCCCAGCAGCAACAACAGGCAUUGUCAACCCAACAACAGUUACAGGCCUUACAACAACAAAGGGAGGGAACUGGUGCCAGUCAGAUGGUACAAACAUCAAGAGGUUACUCGGUUAUUAAUCCUUUCUUAAUGGCAAAUGUGGACCCAUAUGCUAUUGAUAGAGCUGCAAGGUUACAUAGGAAUGCAGCAGCUAUGUGUGAAGCUAGUUGUACGUGGAGUGGACAGCUACCUCCCAGAAAUCACAAGAACCCAACCUACUCCUGUAAAGUGUUCCUAGGUGGAGUACCCUGGGAUAUCACAGAAUCUGGCCUUCAGACAUCCUUUGGUAAAUUUGGAGCUUUUAAGAUUGAAUGGCCAGGAAAAGAUGGUUAUGUUUAUUUAUUAUUUGAGUCCGAGAAAGGUGUAAGAGGAUUAUUACAAGAUUGUACUCACGACUUCAGUAGCGGAGACUAUUAUUACAAGAUAUCAAGUCGGAGGAUGAGAGCUAAAGAGGUUCAAGUGAUUCCUUGGGUUCUUAGUGAUAGCAAUUACGUCCGCCAACCAUCCCAGCGUCUCGACUCCAACAAGACAGUUUUUGUAGGUGCACUUCAUGGAAUGAUGAAUGCUGAGGCACUAGGAUGUAUCAUGAAUGAUCUCUUUGGCAAUGUAGUGUAUGGUGGCAUAGACACGGAUAAACAUAAAUAUCCAAUCGGUAGUGGACGCGUGACAUUUAACAGUAAAAAGAGUUAUAUGAAGGCUGUUCAAGCUGCCUUUGUAGAAAUCAAAACUCCAAAGUUUACAAAAAAGAUUCAAAUUGACCCAUACUUGGAAGACUCUAUGUGUAGCUCAUGUGGAAUACAACAAGGACCGUACUUUUGUCGUGAAAUGGUUUGCUUCAAGUAUUUCUGUAGGACCUGUUGGUAUUGGCAGCAUGCUUUGGAUAGUCUACGUCACCACAAGCCAGUCACCAGGAAUACAAAGACAUCAAAUAUCAUUGCAGCUGCAUCUAUAAAUGGAAUUGAUAUGUAAAGACAUUUUCCUACAGAUAGCAAAUGGACUUGGGAAUAACUAUGAAGAACUAAGUGCUAUAUUCGUAUAACAAAGUGCUAAAAAUGUACAAUAGUGCUUUUCAGAAUUCGAAUUCAUACCUAACAAUUGAUACAGUUAAAUAGGUUUUAUAUGCAUUUUAUAAAGAGAAGUAAAUAAAUAUGAAAAAGAUUUGGUGCUACAACUUAAAUUUUUACAUGAGUAUAAAAAUGUUUAAAAAAUUCAAGAUAUUUUAUCGGACCCUUAUUUGUCUUCUAUUUUUUUCUAUUGUCAGAUUAAAGAACUUAAUAUCUUUCUGUGAGAAUUAUUUUAACUUCGAAUUCAUAAAAGCUUUGAAAAUUUUAUUUAAAAGUUUAAUGAAUGAACAUUUAAGUUUUAAAACACCAUACCUGUUUUGCCCAUUUAAUGUCGAUCAUUAAAUUUUUAAGUGAAAGAUUAAAUUGAAAUUUGAAUUCAAUUAAAUUUUAUUAAUUAAUGAAGAAAAAUUUAAUGUUGAACAUUAAAUUUUUUAUUAAAUUUUGCAAAGGUCAGAAUAUAUGGCUCUUGUUUUAGAAUUGUUCACAAAACAAGAGGAAAUUUAAUGUAGAUCAUUAAACAAGGUUUUUUUUUUUUUAUUAAAGAAGAAACGUACUAAAAACUUUUUUAAAGUAUGAAAUUAGAGGGAAAUAUAGCUGUUAAAUUUUUAAAGAAAGUAAAAUUUGAGUUUUAGAAAUAGCUAUUUGUCAGAUUUGUCUUCAUUUAAAGAGAUGUACAUAUUUUAUUGUAUGUGUAAGAUGCAAUUUUAAGAAUAUGAAAGAAUUUACGAAAUACAUAAUCUAUUUUCUUGAAAAUGGAAAAAAAAACGUGGUACCAAAAGCGGACAUGACAAAC